AUGGGCAGGGUUGCAGGGUUGCGCUGGGGCAGGGUUGACAAAAAUGAUCUCAGUGGCCUUUCUCGUGUCAGUGGAACAGAACACAACCAAAUCUGCCGCUUUUUGCUCGGUAUCAUUGAUAUCCGAUUGCCUGGAAAUCUUGACAGUGGUCGCCUUAUUCGUGCUGUUCGUGCCAUCCUCGACUUCCUUUACCUCGCUCAGUACCCUUGCCACACCAAUCAAACUCUCGCGCUUCUCACUGAAGCCCUGACUCGCUUUCAUGACAACAAAAGCAUCUUUGUCGAUCUCGGCAUUCGAGCGAAUUUCAACCUUCCAAAACUCCAUUUCUUCCGUCAUUAUGUGCAUAUGAUCAAACUAUAUGGCACGACUGACAACUACAACACCGAGUACACCGAACGCUUACAUAUUGAUCUCGCAAAGGAUGCUUACAGAGCUACUAACCAUAAAGACGAAUAUACGCAAAUGACACUCUGGCUUGAAAGACGCGAGAAGAUGUUAUGGCACAAUAAUUUCGUCCAAUGGCGCCUUGCUGGUGAUCCUCCUCCACAAGACAGGUUACCGCCCGACAUGGACUAUCGUCGCUCGAUCAAGAUGACGAAACACCCAACUAUUAGACAUGUUCCAUUGGAUAGUGUAGUUCGCGACUAUGGCGCCACUUUUUUCACUGAAGCAUUAGCUUGUUAUGUCGUUCGCACAAAUCAACCUGGCCUUUCUCCAGCGCAACUUGAACAAGAAGCUUCCCAUGUCAUCCUUCCCUUCCAGACUGUUGCCGCAUUCCAUAGGGUCAAGUUCCACGCAAUCAAUGCUCACGGACAUCGUGAUUCAACCGUUACCAUGGAUUCAGUGCACUGUCAGCCACCACGAAAGGACAAAAGAAGGCAGAUAGUUCCUGCGCGCUUCGACACGGUUUUAGUUAACAAAGAUGGUGGUGGGACGACAGGUGUUGAUGGGUAUCGUGUUGCACAAGUGCGCAUCAUCUUCAUGCUGACAAGCCAGGCUACAGCUGCCUUAUUUCGCACACCUGGAAUUUUGCCUACCCACUUUGCAUAUGUGGAAUGGUUCACGCCAUUCGGGCAGCCUGAAGCAAACCAUGGUUUGUAUAAAAUUUCCCGCCUCAUUCGUAAUGGAGAGCGUCUGGCAAGCAUCAUUGACAUUUCUGAUAUUCGCAGGAGUGUACAUCUUAUUCCAAAAUUCGGCCCUGUAGCACCUCGUGAAUGGACCAGUAGUACCGUUCUGGAGCUUUGUUCUACCUUCUUCGUAAACUCGUUCAGCGACAGGCAUGCUUAUUUAACUAUUAUCUGACUAGUACUAGAAUCGACUACAUUCAUCUGAAAUACAAUGAUUUCUGUGAAAAUACUACAUUUCCUGGAAUUCAACCGUUUUAAGCUCGAGUUUGAAUAUUUCGGUGAAUUUCCUGGCAGAGGCUUUCCCUGAUGAACUACACAUCCAUCACCUGUUCCCCUCGAUUCCUGUCCGCCACAGGUUACUACAGUAACGUACAUUCAUGUACUGGAAAGGUACGAGUGGACUCAAUUAGAUGAUCAAGUCAGUGGCGAUGGUGACCUCGUGAACGUCUUCGGUCAGCAGCUCGACACCACCAUCCUACCGUCGCCUUUUUAUUCGCGGUUUUAUGAGAUGUGGAGGACAACGGACUAUGUCGACGAUGACAAUGAAUUGGACAAGGAGCGUAGUAUGAAGAAGGUAGGGGGUCCUGCAUGAGUUUCAUUUCAAGUUCUCUUCUCUCUGAUGUACCUGUCCUGACGUUCUAUGAGUUUCAUCCUAUCAGCUAAUA